AAUUUUUUUGAAGUGAAGUCUCUAAACAGGGCCUCACACGAUAUCAUCACCGGGACUGCGGCGAUGUCGUCGGCCGCCGCCUCCUCCUCUCCCGCCGCCGGUAGCGAAGGAAGCGGUGGUGCGGUGGAAGGGCGGGAGAUCGCGUACGUGAGCUACGGAGGGGAGCAUCACCUGCCGCUGGUAAUGUCGCUGGUCGACGAGGAGCUCAGCGAGCCCUACUCCAUCUUCACAUACCGCUACUUCGUGUACCUCUGGCCGCAGCUCACCUUCCUGGCGUUCGAUGCCAGGGAUGGCAAGUGCGUGGGGACGGUCGUGUGCAAGAUGGGGGAGCACCGGGGUGCAUUCAGGGGCUACAUCGCCAUGCUCGUCGUCCUGAAGCCCUACCGAGGAAGGGGAAUAGCAACUGAGCUAGUUACUAGAUCAAUUCGGGUGAUGAUGGAGUCUGGCUGUGAGGAGGUGACACUUGAAGCAGAAGUUACUAACAAGGGUGCCCUUGCUCUCUAUGGUCGCCUGGGGUUUAUCCGAGCAAAAAGACUGUACAGGUACUAUUUGAAUGGUGUAGACGCUUUUCGGCUGAAACUUCUGUUUCCACGCCCUGAUCCUGGCCUGCCUCCAAUGAUGGUUGGCAAUGACAGGGAUGACCAGAAGAUGGAUUCUCCCUACUUGUGACAGUACCCUAAUCAGUAUGUAGAAUUGAGUUGGAGACCCUGAUCAUUCUUUUUUGCUCUGUUUCAUGCUUUUAUAGCUAGCAUGUAACUGCAUAUUGUUGUACUAACAUAUAAAUUUUCGAGGUGUUUUAUUUCCUCCUGUUCUUUGAUAAGGAUGUAUUAAUCAACUUCAGAUCAAACAAUAAGACCGUGCAGUUCUUUUGCUCAAUAAACAAAACGCAUGCCGCAGUUGCUGUA